AUGUCCGUCGAGGGACAGGAUGGACGAGGCCAUAGUGGAAGGGACAUUAACGAGGAGGCUUCAGGAGAUGCCUUGCAAACCGGAUGUCGCAGUCUUUCCUCUGCAAAGCACCAACUCACAAACCUGGUUUCACAGUUGACUUCCCAUCGCAACCGGCCCACUUCCAGGCGUCCUGAUUUCGCAUAUCGGGCCCCAGUUACUCCCAGUGUUGCCCAACACAUGAGUACACGCAAACACAUACAUGCACAAAAAACUAUACAAGUUGGUUACUGGUCUUCUAUGUCCGAAUCACCAUCAGCAUGCCAUGCGACUCAUUUUUCCAGAAGCCCUCUGGCGAUAUCUUCUACCCAACAGACCAUUGGCCCAUUAGCAACGGUCAUCAUUAUUAUUAUUCAGCCAAAUGAGCAGAAAGUACUGACGACUAGUGGAUCCAUCGAAUUCUCAACAAUGGAAAAGCCGGAGUCGUGGAAAUAUUCAGAGCAAUUAAUAAAUGGAUGUGAACGUGCCUGUGAAGGAUCUUCGUGUCGUCGACGGAACAACAACCUUUUGGUACAAACUUAUGCAAAUCACUUCAGAAAAAGGUUGGAAACAAUGUUUGAACUGGUCUCUCCAAAAACCGAAGCAGGAUUGCUUCGCAGUGCAAUGAAAAUUAUAUGCAACAAGAUUCUUGAUUUCUUUAUCGUGUAUCUAUUUUAG